AUAAAGACGUAUAAGUGCGCCGAAGACCGUGGAAAAAAACGUUUUAUUGACCUAUCAGUUUCAAUUUAAGAACAUAUCCUCCAUGGUCAAUUUGCCAAUUUUUUAUUCUUCCGUGGUUUAUUUGACAAUUUUUUAUUCUUAAGCCGUCGCGAUUUUAAAGCGCGUACAGCGCUAGCAUUAAGCGAGCAUCUUUCGCACGGCAGAUAAACCUCCGCGGUAUCCCUAACAAACGCGAACGCGGGUGGUUAUCGGGCGCUUUCCUGGAGACAUGAUGCAACGAUAAGACGUGCGAGACGUUUGAGAUAUAAAUCGACGAAACGAUAUAUAUAACACGCAUCCGUAUAACGACCGAGCCAAAGAACGCGCGGCGCGGCGCGGUUAAGGAACGCGUGACUUUAUGCCUUUAUUUACCUCUCGACAGUUUACUAACAGUUUGACACGUUCGUGGUUCAAAACGCGAGUCAGUGAUUCCUUCGUGACGGAAGAAUUCUUUCUUUUCUCUUUGUUCUCCAAAUCAAUUCCGUUCCGCGAUGACGAUAGGCACCACCACGACGACGCGUGUCAACGACACGACGUCAAAACCCUUUCUGGUCACCCUGCCGAGUGAGAAGCAACGGCACGUCUCCCAAGAGCCAAGUAAUUCCAGCUCUUUCAGUGAAGGAAACAAACGUUUUCAAUUUCUAGUCACUUUGUGCGCUGCGCUAGGCGGCAUGCAGGCUGGCAUAACGCUCGGUUGGACAUCGCCGAUUCUGCCGUAUCUCACAUCGCCGGAAUCUUUCCUUCCGAAACUGUUUGAAAAUCAGAUCUCGUGGAUAACAUCUCUGUUGGCCCUGGGUGCCAUCGUCGGCGCCGUGCCGGCCGGCAAAAUCGCCGAUCGAAUCGGUCGGAAAUGGGCCAUCCUUUUAACAGCUGUGCCAUUCACCGUGUGCUGGCUUACCUUGCUCACGACCGGAAACAUCGUCAGUAUAUACGUCGCCCGAUUCAUCGGCGGAAUCGGUGCCGGAGCGGCCUGUGUCCUCGUGCCGGUCUACGCCGGCGAAAUUGCCCAGACGUCGAUCCGCGGCGCCCUGGGCGCCUUCUUUCCCCUGCUCUUUUCCUCGGGGAUUAUGUUCUCGUAUGUGGCGGGCGCCUACUGCUCUUACGUAGUCUUCAACAUCGCCUGCUGCGCCAUCCUGGUGCCCUUCGUCCUAGGCGUACCCUUUAUGCCGGAGUCGCCGAUCUGGUUGGUGCAGAGAGACCGUAAGAUUCAAGCCGCCAAAGUGCUAACAAUCUUACGCGGUCCACAUUACGACAUCGCGGGCGAAAUAACUGCUCUCCAGGACGAUGUCGACAGGAUGGUGAACGCGUCGGGCGGCCUCAAGGAUCUCGUCGGGACCAAAGCCGGACGUAAAGCCGCUGUCACUUGCGUGGGGCUUAUGUUCUUCCAACAGUUGUGCGGCGUAGACGCGGUUCUAUUCUACACGGUUAACAUUUUCCAAGCGGCGAACAGCACGAUCGACCCCUUCCUAUCGACCAUCGUUAUUGGGCUCACCGAAGUUGUGAUGACGAUAUUCGUCGCUACCGUAAUCGACAGAUUCGGCCGAAAGCCGCUCCUGAUAAUAUCCGGCACCUUGAUGACCAUUUGUCUGAGCGUCCUGGGUUACUACUUCAAGCUCAAGGAUGGAGGAAAUGACGUGAGCACCUUCGGCUGGUUGCCGCUGACUAGCCUCGCUCUCUUCAACAUUGUCUUCUCGAUCGGUUACGGGUCCGUGCCGUUCACGGUAAUAAGCGAGAUAUUUCCGCCGGAAACCAAGGGUGUUGCCAGCAGCAUGUCCAUCGUAGUGCACUGGAGUCUGGUGUUCGCCGUCACCAAGCUGUUCCCGACUAUGGAGGACAGGAUGGGCCAGGCUGCGACCUUCUGGACAUUCUCGUGCUUCUCGGCCGCAUCCGCGGUUUUUGCCUAUUUUGUAGUACCGGAGACGAAGGGUAAAACAUUGCAGGAGAUACAGAGCAAGCUCAAACGGAGGCAAAAGUUAAAUACGGAGUAUCAAGUCGAACCGAUCUGAAACUUGACAUCUUGCGUUCACCUUGUCGCACUUUUACAGCGCCGAGAUUAAGGAAUGUUUGAUGGAGGCGAAACGCUAAAGUCUUAAUGGCUUAUGAGAGAAACAGAAAAAGAGAGUAAAAAGGAGAGAUGUGUUUUUAAUUUAAUUUUUUUCUUUUUGUAUAUAUUUAUUGUAAAUAUAAAUAUUUAUCCAGUUUCAAUGUUUUUUAUCUUUUGUACACAUAAUUACUACAUGAUGAACGACUUUCGUUGUGCAUAAUGAUGAUGUGUUGUAAAUAUAGCUGAUGUAUAUAUGUGCGUACAACAAUUUUAAAUAUUAUAAUAUAUGCAUUGAAUAUAUAAAAAUUGUAUAAAAGAUAAAAUACAAAUGU